UGUUCAUAUUUAUUUUAAAAGAGAUUUAAAUCGUACAAAAUGUUAAAAAGUGCUGGUUGCUCUAUAUGCUUAUCUAUAAACAAAAGGACUAUUAAUAUUUACGAUACAAGUUUGCUGCAUGUUUAUGAGAAUCUCGCCAAUUUUAAGAUUACAGAUGUUGAGUGCUGGGUGUGUUACAUCUGCCACACGAGACUGCGACAAUGUCACCAGCUGCAGCAGUUGGCCGUGCAGACACGAGGUCUCAUUGAUGACAUUUUUCAGAAUAAGAUUGAAAUUAAGUUUGGAGCCUUCAAAUGUUUGUUAGAACUGUCACCAUCAAGGACUAAAAUUAUUUCUAAUCUUUCCAAUAUCAAACAGGAGUUAGAUAGGGAAUUAGGAUUUAACUACUAUGACAGUGCUCUACAGGAUCAAACUCGGAGUACCAAUGAAACGAAUAUUAUUUUCAAGCAGGAGUUAAAUGUAAAGAUGGAGCUGAACAGUGACGAUGAUAUUCCAGAAGACAAGCGGAACAAAACUAAUUGUGGUAACCGAGAUAAACAAUCGUCCAGCAGUCACAAAAAACCAUUUCGCUGUGAUGUAUGUUUGAAGAACUUUUCAUGGGAGAGUGACUUAAGAUAUCACUCCAGACAACAUACAGGCGAAAAACCAUUUGAAUGCCAACUAUGUACAAAGAAGUUCACACGAAAAAGCAGCUUAAAUAUCCACUUACAAAUCCACGCGGGCGUCAAAUCAUUUACUUGUGACAUCUGUUCCAAAAAGUUCUCGCAGAAGAGCCAUUUAAAUGUACACAUACAAGCCCAUGUUGGCACCAAAUUGUAUAGCUGCGAAACUUGUCCAAAGAAGUUCUCACAAAAGAGUAACUUAAAGAGCCAUAUGCUAACACAUACAGGCAAGAAACCGUUUGGAUGCGACCUAUGUUCAAAGAAAUAUUCGCGAAAGAGUGAUUUGAAUGUGCACAAACGAACUCAUAUAGGCUACAAACCGUUCAGUUGUGAUAUAUGUACGAAGAAGUUUGCACAGAAGAGCCAUUUAAAAAGUCACAUUCGUACUCAUACAGUAUGAAUAUUAUUAUGGAUUUUAUAAGUGCUUUAGUGUGAUUCUCUCGGCAACCUCUGUGGCUCAGUGGUUGUUCA